CUGAGGCCUAUUGGCAGGAAGUUUCUCCCUGCGGACAUCACAGUGGCCGGGUGGAGAAGUUGGAUGGUCCGUGCGUGCUGCAGGUUCAGAAGGUGAGGAACGUGUCGGCUCCCAAGGACAACGAGGAGUCUCAGGGAGCCCCCAGGAUGCUGCGGCUGCAGAUGACAGACGGACACACCAACGCUGUGGGCCUCGAGUUCACACACCUGUCCCAGAUCAGCCUGAACACCCCUCCAGGAACCAAGGUGAAGGUCCUUGGUACGGUCCAGGUGAAGAAUGGCAUUCUGCUUCUGGACGACUCCAAGAUCUCCGUCCUCGGAGGGGAGGUCGACCACAUGAUGGAGAAAUGGGAACUGCAAAGGAGCUUGGCCAAACACAGCAGGAGUAACAUCGGACGAGAAGGUGGAGCCCCUCCCUUCGUGCCCUUCGGACAGAAGUGUGUAAGGAAUGAGGAAGUGGACUCCAGAGAGCUGGACACCAGGAAGACUCUGGUCAGCACCAGUGUGGUGAAGACGGCUGACGAGAACGAAGAGUUUGAGAAGCAGAGGCUAGCAGCCAUCGCUGAGGUGGCCAAGAACAAAGAGGGAACUCGGACGUUUGGAGGCGGAGGCAAUGCUGGCGGGAACCUCGUUAAUACAGGCGGUCGGGACCGACGAGGAGGAGGAGACCGAGGAGGAGACCGACGAGGAGGAGGAGACCGAGGAGGAGACCGACGAGGAGGAGGAGACCGAGGAGACAGGGACUCGUACCGGCAGAGACGAGAGGAGAGGACGGAGGAGUCCAGCCGUCCAGAAGGAAACUACAGAGAGCUCGGGAGUUACCGGGAACAACCAAACUACCGGGAACUAGGAAAUUACCGCGAGCUGGUGGAUGAGCGGGCCCUAAGGGACAUUAUGGAGAUGGGGUUUGAUAAGGAGGAUGCUCGUCAGGCCCUGAUGGACAACAACAACAACAUGGAGGUGGCUCUCAACAGUCUACUGACGGGGACCUUCAAACCCCCCACCCCCCGAGGAACCCAGCAGACCCCCACCCAGAGGGGUCGUGGCCGGGGUCGGGGUCGGUCCAGUAGGUUUGGGGGUGAGGAUGAGGAGGAGGGAGCAGGAGGAAGACCGUCAGGACCCAGCACUCUGUUCGACUUCCUGGAGUCCAAGAUGGGGAGCUUCUCCCUACAAGAGCCAAAGAGCCAGUCCUCCCAAAGGCAUCACGAGGGUAAGAUGACGUUCCCUCCUAACAGCCAGUCCCAGGACAGGUACCCCCAACGCAGCGACAGCCGUAACGACUGGUCCAGGAACGACAGAUCACGGAAGGAGAGAAACGAGAGGAACGACAGAUCAGACUUCAGGAACGACCGGAACGACCGACCACCUCGUUUCCAGAGAGAUAGUGACAAGGAUUUCCCUAAACCUGGCCACGACCCCUCCAUCGCCACAUCCACCCCUUUCCCAGCCCCAGCUCCAGCAGGGAGCCGGCAGGGCCAGGAGAGAGCCCAGGACAGAGGCCAGGAAAGGGGCCAGACACAGGAGAAGGCCCCUCCUGGAGGUGGAGGAGGGUCAGAGAGGUGGAGAGAGGCCCAGGACAGAGGCCGGGAAAGGGGCCAGACACAGGAGAAGGCCCCUCCUGGAGGUGGAGGAGGGUCAGAGAGGUGGAGAGAGGCCCAGCAUGAGAGACAAACAGCCAGGGAGGCCAGAGGACAGACAUCAGUGUUCUGCCCUGCUGCUACGUACCCUGCCCCCGGCCAGCGGAACAGAGAACCCAGAGACGGAACCCAGGGGGAUUCUUCUGGUUCUAGAACCUUCCAGCAGGGGAUCAGAGUAGGUUCUAGUUCUGGUUCCGGAGGGUUCCAGAACCAAAGUCGGAGAGAGCAGCACUCGGUACCCGAUCUGUCGUUUAAUAAGAGAGGAGGAGGAGGAGGAGGAGGAGGAGGAGGAGGAGGAGGAGGAGGGAUGAAGCAGGACAACGGACCUGCACCAGCUGCCUCUAAACCAGGCCAGCACCAGACAGAGUCCAGUUUUAACUGUGUAUCAGAACCUAAAGGGGUCCAGAGGUCUGACAGCGGAACAGACAACAGAGCUGAGCCCAACAGCAGACGGAGAGGAGGAGGGGGAAGUCAUGGGGAAAGACCCAACUCUGACAACUUUGACCGUUACCGGGACAACGGACCGUCGUACUCUUCUACGUCGUGGGCGGGGCAAGAGAAGGACUGGGGCGUGUCCCGUGGUGAGUCUCGUCCAGUGAAAGGCCAAGUGGGCAGCGGCCCAGGCUGGGGCCACACCUCCAAAACGAAACCAGGAGACCAGGUUCUAGCGAUCUACUGGGAAGACAACAAGUUCUAUAGGUCCAGGAUAGAUGCUGUUCAUCCCUCUGGUCUCACGGCCGUCGUGGUCUUCACUGAGUAUGGAAACUGUGAGGAGGUCCUUCUACACAACAUCAGACCGGUCAGCACGGACUUCUGGAAGGAAGAGGAGGGGCUAGAGUACCGGCGCGGGGGAGACGGGCAGCCUAGGACCACCACGAGGACACGGCCCACGGUCCAGUAUUACCAGCCGCCCAGGGCCAGGGACUGACUGACCACAUCAUGACUGAGUUACGGUACGGACAGGUUACACCUGGACACUACAUGACUGAGUUACAGUACAGACAGGUUACACCUGGACACUACAUGACUGAGUUACGGUACAGACAGGUUACACCUGGACACUACAUGACUGAGUUACGGUACAGACAGGUUACACCUGGACACUACAUGACUGAGUUACAGUACAGACAGGUUACACCUGGACACUACAUGACUGAGUUACAGUACAGACAGGUUACACCUGGACACUACAUGACUGAGUUACAGUACAGACAGGUUACACCUGGACACUACAUGACUGAGUUACGGUACAGACAGGUUACACCUGGACACUACAUG